AUGGCGGGCCAGGGGUGCGAGGAGUCGGGGAUGGAGCGGCCAGGGGUGGGAGGAGUCGGGGAUGGAGCGGCCAGGGGUGCAGAGGAGCGGGUGUGGCGGGCCGUGCGGAGAGGAGUCGGGGAUGGAGCGGGCCAGGGGUGCGAGAGGAGUCGGGGAUGGGAGCGGGCCAGGGUGCGGGAGGAGUCGGGGAUGGGAGCGGGCCAGGGUGCGGGGUCGGGAUGGGAGCGGGCCAGGGGUGCGGGAGGGGGAUGUGAGCGGGCCAGGGGUGCGAGAGGAGUCGGGAUGGGAGGGCCAGGGUGCGAGAGGAGUCGGGUUGUAGCGCGGGGUGCAGGAGUAGGGAUGAGCGGCAGGGUGCGGAGGAGGGGGAUGUGA